AGAAAGCUUCCCAUCGACAGUGCGGUGUUACCAACCUUCCGCGAGAAAUUCAGAGAAAGAGUCAUUUCGUGCUGCAAUGACAUUAGGGCUAUUGUGUUUCGUUCGCAACUAUUUGUUAACGCUUAUCUCAUCCAUAAUAAGAAAGACACACCAAAAGAAAUUUUCACCCAACAGUUCUGGUAUUCGGUUGGACAACUUGUAACAGGUAAAACAGUAACCAACAAGAAAGCAAUAAAUGAUUCCAUGAAAAACUUCUAUAAGCAGUUCAAAGAGAAGCAUCCAGCUGUCGAAGUAAGUUAUAGCUUCACCAAAGGCUAUAGCCAAUGCUUGACAGAAGCUUGUAAAGAGCUCAGCAUCACAUAUACAAACAGCAUUGUUGAGCUUUUUGAGCAGCGAAUGCUCAAAUAUCUAUACUAUACCUUGCAGAAUAUGUUCCCGAGCAUGGUAAAGCGCGAUGUUGACGAAAUCGCAACAAAAUACUGCUAUCAAGUGAUUUGCAAAGGCGAACCCGAAUGGCCUGGUAAAGUCAAGUUAAGCAGUGAUGACAAAUUAAGAAUAGAUAAUUUGUGCAAGAACUUUGCAGACCUUGUGGAGGAAAAGGUUACGCUUUUAUCAUUGGCGGCCGAUCCGGUCAAAUUUGUCAAGCCCUUGUGGUUUAUCCAAGACUACUACGAAGAAGAGCAUUCUAAUUAUCUUGCCUACGAUGUUCGUAGAUUACCACUACCUCAUCGCUUCUUCCCUUUUCCAACUCCCUCAGUAUCAUGGCGCUUCAUUACCAUCAGCAUAAACGCCCUUACUCCUUUUUUAUUUCCUGGAAGACUUGUGAAGGGUUAUUAGAAUCAACUUGAACAAUUUUGUAAAGUGUUCAACUUCAAAAAGUUAGGCUUCAGAAGGUAAAGUAAAUAGCACUCUGCUAAAAUACUCUGUUCUCAAGAUUAUUCUUUCACUUAUAUCAUAGUAUUGCUGAGUUAAAGACAAACACAAGUAUGCUCUUCAGGAAUCUCAUUCGAUCUGAUGGCUUCACUGUAGACUUC